UCUUUAUGAGUUUUGGGGAUGCAAGAUCAUAUCUUUGUAGGUUUGUGAUCUUUGUGUUUUAUAGUGGCCUUGUUAGAGCAGCAGUUGAUUAAGUUGAAUGAAAUUUCUGGGUCAAUAAAACUGGUAAAAGUCUAGGGAUUGGAACUUUUUAAUAUAGUUCCUUUGAUCUCUAGUUUUCAAAAUCGUUUCUUUAUAGUAUGUGAAUGUGGAGAACGGCUUUAAUCUUUAUAUUGGACUUUGAGGAAAUGUACUAUCCAGUUUUGCAGUCUGAGAAGUGUCUUGGGGCAUAUACUGGAUAGUAUAUCCGUCUUCUGCAUAUAUACUUAGUCUGUACUGCUUAGCCCUUUGGUGGAUCUCAGGUCAAUGAGGUUUUGGUUUCUUUAACUUAGCAAUUAGCAAUCUGAUGUCCUCAUACUACGGAGCUUUGUGCCUGAUGAAUCCAAUAGGACAGAUGCCCAAUGCACAGAACUUUGUGUCCGUCAUGUUAAAUUAGUUUCCAUAUGCCUAAUCAAAAUUGCUCUUCUGCUGAGGCAGCAUUUCUUUGGUCAAUGUGAUUGCCAAGACCAUGUCCUAUAUUACAGUGGUUAUUUUUUUUCGACUGUUUCUGAAAUCAUUUAAAGAUUCUUCUAAAGAUACUUUCUAAGCGGUCUUCAUUUCAUGAUUGACAGUUUUUUGUAAUAGUCUAGAUGGCUGAGACUAUCAAGGGAGCUUCAAUUAUUCUUUUUGUGCCUUUUGUUUUAAUAUCUCUUGAAGGUGGAGGAAUGAACGUCCUCAAUAGUCAAUCAUUGUUGGUCCUAAUCACUAUUUCUAGUGGAAUAAUUAUUUUGAUUUUGUCUAUUAUUUAUGUAAGUGUACAUAGUUCUGUGAUAAGUGGCUUUGCUUACCUUUUCUUCUGUGCUGUCAUUAUGAAUUAUAUUACUUUUUUGUCUUUCAAUACAUCAGUUACUGGUAAUGUGAGCUUAAGUGAGGAGCACCCUGUAACAUAGGAAAAAAGUUUCUAUGACAGUUCUCUAAAUUCAGAAACUUUGAAAUAAACGCAGAUGUAGUGUUAUGUCUUGACAGGCAUUCCUUCUUUUUUGAAGUAUAGGAACAAUGCCUGAGAAAAUAACUGCUGAGGAUCUUAUGAACAACAUUGCGGGCUCACUAGCUGAAAUUGGUUCAAAACAGAAAUCUGUGUCCUUCUUUGGCGACGAUAGAUCUGAUUCUGUUGGUUCUCAGUUGAAUCGGCUCUUUGGACGCCAAAAGCCUGUUCACCACCUCUUGGGAGGAGGAAAAUCUGCUGACGUGUUGUUAUGGAGGAACAAAAAGAUAUCAGCCAGUGUUUUAACUGGUGCAACUUUUGUCUGGGUGCUCUUUGAAUGGCUCAAUUAUCAUUUCUUGACUCUUGUGGGUUUUGCUUUGGUUCUUGGUAUGCUUGCUCAAUUUCUCUGGUCAAAUUUUUCGGGAUUUGUUAACAGGUCCUCAUCUAAUGUACCCCGCCUUGUUCUGCCGGAGGACUUAUUCAUCAACAUUGCCAUAUCAACUGGUGCUGAAAUUAAUCGAGGGCUGAGUUUUAUUCAGGAUGUUGCUUGUGGAGGAAAUAUAAAGCAAUUUCUUGUGGUUGUAGCAAGCUUGUGGGCUGCUUCAGUGAUCGGAAGCUGGUGCAACUUUCUGACUGUUUUGUACCUUGGCUUCAUUGCUGCUCAUACAUUGCCAGUUUUGUAUGAGAGAUAUGAUGAUCAGAUCGACAGCUUUGUGUACUCAGUCUUUGGACAGCUUCAAAAUCAUUAUCGCAAGCUGGAUAGUAGUGUCCUCAGCAGGAUCCCUAAAGGAAAUUUGAAGGGAAAAAAACAUGAUUAAAUUCAUGUCUUGCGCAGAUAUACUCUUUUGUUUGAGAUUUAUUAUGUAAAGGAGUGAAAGAUUAGAUAUUCUUGUUCAUGUUACAAAAUCACUCUUUAAACUCAUGUAAUUAAAUCUCCGCUUGAACUUGUUACCGUG